AGUAAGUGCUUUCCUAAUAUUUCAUUUUUAAUUAAAUAUUUUAAUUGCAAUGUACCAAACCUAUUGUUGUUUCUAGUAUAUAAGUAAGUCAAAAAUUUCGGUUAUUAAUUAACGUGUACCAAUUUCAAAAAUGAAGUCUUACAUCCUUGCUGUGAUUCUGGUUCUUCUUAACGUAUCCACGAUCUGGACAAUUCCCGUGGAUGUCAACGAUGACUUAUUGAGAGCAGUAAUAAUAGGCCACAACAAUGAAAAAAAGUCCUCCAGUAAAAGCAAUUACUUCCAUUACGAUGAUGGUCUAAAUGGUCUAGGUCUAAAUGGUCUAGGUCUAAAUGGUCAAGGUCUAAAUGGCGGAUAUAUUGGCGGAGCAGUUUUUCCACCAGUUUUCCAACCAGGAUACCAAUUCGGAGGACCCAGAAUAAGUUGCACCUUUUCAUAUGGUCGAAGAGUAUGUCCACCAUAUUAUUAAUAUUAUUCGACUAGAUGAUAAUAAUACAUGGACCUAUAUAUUUCUUUUACUAUGCUGUUUCAAUAAAUCUUAUGUUUGACUGA